AUGGAGGUGAAGGAGCGUCGGCCUUAUUGCUCCCUCACCAGGAGCAAACGAGGGAGAGACAGAGAAAGAGAAGGAGAGAGGGAAGAAGAGGGGCACAGGGAGGGCCACGCCGAACGCUGUCACACCGCCUCCUCAGCCGUUCUUACUCAGAAGUCCUACAGCUCCAGUGAGACGCUCAGAGCCUUUGAUCAGCAGCCGGCUCCACAGCUACUUUAUGGACACCGUGUGCCAGACAUGGUGCCUAGAGACCCCGAAGAAUACAGAGCUCCAGGGCAAACUCUCUCACUGAGACAGCUGGGGAUUUGUGGUCCAGUCCCUCGUCGUGGCCUUAGUUUCUGCGCCGAGACGGGACUCUCCCAUCAGCCGGGUCGACUCAGACCCAAUCACUCUCAGAGUGUGGGGGGGAUCUCUCCAGACAACGCCAUGCGUCUAUGGGGAAGGGAAGUCAAGUCACAUGGACACGAUUCGCAGCUGUCCAGUCGCUCCAACUCCGCUCUCACGCUCACAGAUACAGAACAGGACAAUAAAUCAGACAAUGAAAAUGAGCAGAUGUCAAGCAAGCAGGGCCUUCCUCCACUUCCGCCUGUCAAACAUCCUCAUAAGCAAAACCCAUCAAUCACUUUGCUGGACCACUCGCUGGCCAAUCAAACCGCAGAACUGCAGAGUGCGUCCGAAUGCGUACAGCUACAAGAGAACUGGGUGCUGGGUGGCAAUGUAGGACUGGAAAACAGGCAUUUCCUACUGAAGACUGGUGCAGGCACCGCCUCCCUCUUUGCCACUCCCAACCCAGGCUACACCAUGGCAACAGGGGCAGUGUACUCCCCACCGGCCCGCCCCUUACCACGAAACACCCUCUCUAGAGGUGCAUUCCGAUUUAAGAAGUCACCCAAACACUGCUCAUGGAAAUGCACAGCUCUCAGCGCUGUGGCCGUGGCAACAGUGCUGUCAAUCAUCCUAUGCUACUGUAUCGCCAUGCAUCUGUUUGGCCUGAACUGGCGUCUCAAGGAUGUCGAGAGUCAUGCCUUUGAGAAUGGCCGGGCAAAGCCAGUGACGUCUCCAACGAACACUGUGUCUCCCUUCUCUACCAACAUGGUUGUUGCCCAGCUGGAUAACUCCUCGCUGGACACAGGAGAAGUACAAGUGGGGCAGGUGAUAGGCCGCACCAUACCUCCGGGAGUUUUCUGGAGGUCUCAUCUUAUCAUUGACCAGCCACAUUUCCUCAAGUUCAACAUCUCCAUCCAGAAAAACGCCCUUAUCGGAGUCUAUGGGAGGAAGGGUUUACCGCCCUCACAUACACAGUAUGACUUUGUUGAGCUGUUGGACGGCAGUCGGCUGAUAUCCCGUGAACGCCCUCCCGCUUACCCGGAUCUCAGGGACCAGCUGGAGAAGACGGUCAGCAUGCACCAGGCAGGGUUCAUUCAGUACCUGCACAAGGGCGUGUGGCACUUGGCCUUCUACAACGAUGGCAGAACUGUGGAACCGGUCUCAUACAACACUGUAAUACUUGGAUCUGUCAUGGAAUGCCCACACAACUGCUAUGGCAACGGAGAAUGUGUCUCUGGCACAUGUCAUUGUUUCCCAGGAUUCCUUGGGCCUUAUUGCUCUAGAGCGGCCUGCCCAGUGCUGUGCAGUGGUAAUGGUCAGUACAGUAGGGGGCGCUGUCAGUGCUACAGCGGCUGGAAGGGCACAGAAUGUGACAUACCCAGCAGUCAGUGCUUGGAUGCUGUGUGUGGGGGUCACGGCCUCUGUAUUUCGGGUGCUUGCGUGUGUAACGCUGGCUACAAGGGUGACAAAUGUGACCAAGUGGACUGUUUAGACCCGUUCUGUUCGGCCCACGGCUCAUGCCUGCACGGACGAUGUCGUUGUAACCCAGGUUGGACUGGAGCCAGCUGUGAGACUCAGAUCACCUUGUGUCCAGAACACUGCUCUGGCCGUGGAACUUUCCAGUCCGAGACUGGAACCUGCGUCUGUGAGGCUAACUGGACUGGGCCUGACUGUUCAAUGGAGGUGUGUACGACAGACUGCGGUCCUCAUGGCUCAUGUGUUGGAGGUGUGUGUCGGUGCUCAGAGGGCUGGACCGGGCUGGGCUGUGAGCAGGCGGACUGCCAGCCCCAUUGCGGGGAUCAUGGUGUGUGUCGAGACGGCAAGUGUGAGUGUCUCCAGGGCUGGACGGGGGAGCGCUGUAACAUCGGUGAGUCAAACACAGUGGGGGCAUUAACUAUCAAUAGUUGCCCUGGGCUGUGUAACAGCAAUGGGAGGUGUAUUCUGGAUCAGAAUGGGUGGCACUGCCUCUGCCAGCCUGGGUGGAGAGGGGCAGGGUGCGAUGUUGCCAUGGAAACCCUCUGUUCAGAUGGCAAGGACAACGAAGGCGAUGGUUUGCUUGACUGUAUGGACCCAGACUGUUGUCUGCAGAGCUCUUGCCAGGGCCAGCCAUACUGCCGUGGUACCCCAGACCCCAGCACCACUGUGGCCCAGCACAAGGACCAGUCUCCUUCACAAGCUGCCCAGAGCUUUUACGAGCGGGUCAAGUUUCUGGUGGCACCGGGUGGCACUCACACCUUGCCUGGGGAGAACCCAUUCAAUAGCAGUCUGGCGUCGAUCGUGCGGGGUCAAGUGCUGACAGCAGACGGAACACCGCUGAUAGGAGUGAAUGUGUCCUUUCUACAUUACCCAGAAUAUGGUUACACUGUCACACGACAGGAUGGGAUGUUUGAUUUGUUGGCAAAUGGCGGUGCCUCACUGACACUCAGUUUUGUACGAGCUCCAUUCCCUGCUAUGCAUCGUUCAGUGUGGCUGCCAUGGAGAGUGUUUCAUGUGAUGGACAGACUGAUCAUGAGAAGGGAGGAGAGGGACGCACCCUCUUGUGACCUCAGUGGCCUUGUCCGGCCGACCCCUCAGAUUACGACAUCACCCCUCUCCACCUUUUACAGCUCCACCCCUGAAGCCAGCCCCAUUAUACCUGAGACCCAGGUCCUGCAUGAGCAGACAGCUAUCCCAGGCAGUGACCUUAACCUGGUUUACCUGAGUUCUCGCGCCUCUGCCUAUAAGCCUGUCCUUAAAGUCAUUAUGACCCAGGCCAGUGUGCCUUUUGGCCUCAGCAAGGUCCACCUUAUGGUGGCAGUCGAGGGUAGAAUGUUCCAGAAGCAGUAUCCUGCUGCGCCCCGGCUCUCCUUCAUGUUUGUCUGGGACAAGUCUGAUGCUUAUGGUCAGAGAGUCUAUGGUUUAGCUGAAGCUAUGGUGUCUGUGGGUUUUGAGUAUGAGUCAUGCUUGAACGUGAUUCUGUGGGAGAAGAGAACCGCCACACUGCAGGGAUUUGAACCAGACGCUUCAAACAUUGGAGGAUGGACUUUAGACAAGCAUCACAUCCUGGACCUGCAGAAUGGUAUCCUGUACAAAGGCAGCGGGGAGAAUGUGUUCUUCUCCAGGCUGCCCCCAGUCAUCAGCACCAUCAUGGGAAACGGACGACGGAGAAGCAUUUCGUGCCCCAGCUGUAACGGACAAGCAGAGGGCAACAAGCUGCUGGCACCUGUUGCUCUGGCCUGGGGUAUUGAUGGCAGCCUUUACGUAGGUGAUUUCAACUACAUCAGACGUAUCUACCCAUCGGGCAAUGUCAGCAGUGUUAUGGAACUCAGAAAUAAAGAUUUCAGACAUAGUAACAAUCCAGCUCACCGGUAUUACUUGGCUACGGACCCAGUGACUGGACAGCUGUAUGUGUCAGACACUAACUCCCGGAGGGUGUACCGACCACGGGCCCUUGCGGGUGAAAUAGACCCGCAGCAGAACAUGGAGGUGGUGGCAGGGACAGGAGAUCAUUGCCUGCCAUUUGAUGAAACUCAGUGUGGGGAUGGAGGAUCAGCAUCAGAGGCUCUGCUUACAGGACCCAAAGGUAUUGUUGUGGACAAGAAUGGACUGAUCUACUUUGUUGAUGGGACGGUGAUUCGGAAAGUGGAUCGAAAUGGCAUCAUCUCCACUCUGAUGGGGUCCAAUGACCUGGCUUCAGCUCGUCCCCUGAGCUGUGAUGCUGUCAUGGAUAUCCGGCAGGUUUCCCUGGAGUGGCCCACUGACCUGGCUAUCAGCCCGACAGACAAUUCUCUGUUUGUGCUGGAUGGUAGCGUGGUUCUGCAGAUCACUGAGGAGGGACAGGUUGUUGUGGCUGCGGGCCGACCUCUGCACUGCUCCAUGCCCACUUCUGACCUGCGGGUGCCAGAGACACAGUGGGCCACCCACACCCAUCUGGAGUCACCCAGCGCUAUUGCUGUCUCCUUCAGCGGCGAACUGCUCAUCACUGAGACAGAUGAGAAGAAAAUGAGCCGCAUUCGCAGCGUGUCACCUGGCGGUGAGAUCACUCACCUCGCAGGAGCGCCCUCUGAAUGCGACUGCAAGAAUGACGUAAACUGCGACUGCUACCUUACCGGUGACGGCUACGCCAAAGAUGCACGACUGAAUGCUCCGUCUUCUCUGGUGGCAUCUCCCGACGGAACGCUAUACGUUGCUGACUUGGGAAAUAUUCGCAUACGCGCCAUUAAGAAGAACCGUCCUGUGUUAAAUGGCCUGAGCAUGUUUGAAGUGGCGUCAGCAACUGAACAAGAACUGUACAUGUUUGACAUUAAUGGGACACAUGUGCACACUGCUAACCUGGUCACUGGAGAUUACAAAUAUAAUUUCAGUUACAGCAAUGAAGGAGACUUGACUGCCAUCACUGACAGUCAUGGCAACACACUUCGCAUUCGCAGAGAUGCCAGCAGGGUGCCUGUCCGCAUUGUUGCCCCAGACAACCAGGUCAUCUGGCUAACCAUGGGUUCCAAUGGUGGACUGAAAACGUUUGGGGCCCAGGGGCAGGAACAGGUACUGCUCACUUACCAUGGCAACAGUGGUCUCCUGGCAACCAAGAGCAACGCCAAUGGGUGGACCACAUUCUAUGACUAUGACACUGAAGGCAGGUUAACGAACGUGACUUUCCCCACGGGAGGGGUAGUCAGUCUGGCCUGCGACACAGGGGCAGUGUCCUCCAUAAAGGUGGAGACCUCUGAACAAGAGGAUGAGGCUGGCAUCACCAUUAACCAGACAGCCAUCCAAACAGUGUACACACUACAGCAGGAUCAGUUUAGGAACACUUAUGUGGCUGGCUAUGACAAUUCGCUGAGGAUUCUUUACGCUAAUGGGAUGGACAGACAUUACCAGAUGGAACCACACAUCCUGGCCGGCCCUUCCUGCCCCACUGUGGCCCAUCGGAACAUGUCUCUCCCAGAUGACAGCGGGCAGAACCUGGUGGAGUGGCGAUUCCGUAAAGAGCAGAUCCGCUCAAAGGUCACUGUGUUUGGACGCAAGUUAAGAGUAAAUGGGCGGAACAUCCUGUCUGUUGACUAUGACCGCACAUUGAAAACUGAGCGGAUCUACGAUGACCAUCGCAAGUUUCUUCUGAAGAUUGUUUAUGAUGUGUCAGGCCAGCCUGCACUGUGGAUGCCCAGCAGCAAGCUGUUCCCUGUCAACAUCACCCGUACCACCGGAGGCCAGAUCAGUGCCAUCCAGUGGGGAUCUGUCUCCGAACAUGUGGAGUAUGAUGGACAAGGACGGAUUCUGUCCAGAGUUUUCCCUGAUGGAAGAACUUGGAGCUACACUUACCUGGAGAAGUCUAUGGUCCUGAUUCUGGCCAGCCAGAGGCAGUAUGUGUUUGAGUAUGACCCUCAGGGCCAUCUAUCUGCUGUCACCAUGCCAAAUGUGGCACGCUACACCAUGGAGACUGUCCGCUCAGUGUGGUACUACCGUAAUAUCUACCAUCCACCUGAGAGCAAUGCCUCUGUUGCUGUGGACUACGCAGAGGAUGGGCGGUUGUUAAGGCAAACACACCUGGGCACAGGCCGGCUGGUCCUCUAUCGGUACCGUUGGCAGAGUAAGCUGUCAGAGGUUCUUUAUGAUAGCACACGUGUAAGCUUCACCUACGAUGAGAUGGCAGGUGUUUUGAAGACAGUUAACCUGCAGAGUGAAGGCUUUAUCUGCACACUACGCUACCGACAGCUUGGUCCACUGGUAGAUCGACAAAUCUAUCGCUUCAGUGAGGAUGGCCUCGUCAACGCCCGCUUCGACUACGCCUAUGACAGCAGCCUUCGUGUGAGCAGCAUGCAGGGUGUUAUCAACGAAACACCGCUGCCCAUCGACCUCUAUCAGUAUGAUGAUAUCUCAGGAAAAGUAGAGCAGUUUGGCAAGUUUGGUGUGAUCUAUUAUGACAUCAACCAGAUCAUCUCCACUUCGGUGAUGACCUACACCAAGCACUUUGAUAGCUAUGGUCGCAUCAGAGAGAUACAGUACGAGCUGUUCCGCUCACUGCUCUUCUGGAUCACUAUUCAAUAUGACGAGGCUGGCCGAGUCACCAAAAGGGAGACUAAGAUCGGCCCCUUUGCCAAUGCCACAAAAUAUGGUUAUGAAUAUGAUGUGGAUGGACAACUGCUGGCUGUCUAUCUGAAUGAGAAAUUGAUGUGGCGCUAUAGCUAUGACCUCAAUGGGAAUCUGCACCUGCUGAAUCCUGGCAGCACUGGCCACGUAACUCCCCUGCGCUAUGACCUACGAGACCGAAUCACACGUUUAGGAGAUCUUCAAUACCAGAUGGAUGAAGAUGGUUUCCUGAGGCAGAGGGGCUCUGAGAUCUUCCACUACAAUUCCAAGGGCCUCUUAGAGCGUGUCUACAGCAAGACCAAGGGCUGGAGUGUCUGGCACCGCUAUGAUGGCUUGGGUAGGAGGAUCUCCACUAGAUCCAGUCUAGGCCAUCACCUGCAGUUCUUUUAUGCUGAUUUAAGCCACUUGAGUCGGAUAACACAUGUAUACAAUCACACCAGCUCCGAGAUCACCUCUCUCUACUAUGACCUGCAGGGCCACUUGUUUGCCAUGGAGCUCAGUGGGGGAGCUGAGUUCUACAUUGCCUGUGACAACACCGGCACUCCACUGGCAGUCUUUGGCAGUGAUGGAGUCCUUCUUAAGCAGAUGCAGUACACAGCCUUUGGUGAAGUCUUCUUUGAUUCAAACCCUGAGCUCCAGUUAGUGAUGGGUUUUCACGGUGGGCUCUAUGAACCCUUGACAAAUCUGUUGCACUUUGGGACACGGGAUUACGACAUUAUGGCAGGCCGCUGGACUACAGCUGAUAUUACUGUCUGGAAACAGAUUGCCAAGGACCCUGCUCCUUUUAACCUGUACAUGUUCCAAAACAACGAUCCAGUCAGCAAAGUGCAGGAUGUCAGAGAGUAUGUCACAGAUGUAAAUAACUGGCUAGUAACAUUUGGAUUCCAUCUCCACAACACAAUACCUGGUUUCCCGGCCCCAGUCUCUCAGUUGAAUCAACCGUCUUUUGAACUAAUGAAGAGUCAGCAGUGGGAUGAGCUGCCGUCUAUGUAUGGCAUUCAGCAAGAAGUCAACCGACAAACCCGGGCCUUUCUGAUGUUCGAACGCCUGCAACAUGUCCAGUUUGGCCAGUACCAAAAGCUAGAGAAACCUUGGCUGUGGUUUGCCUCUAGUGAGUCUGUAAUUGGCCGAGGAGUCAUGCUGGCCCUCUACAAGGGUGUUGUGGUUACCCGUGCCUUGAGUCUGGCCAGUGAGGACUGCGUCAAGGUUGCAGCCAUUCUCAAUGGUGCCCUCUACUUGAAGGAUGUCCACUUCAACUUGAAUGGCUACGACACAUAUUUCUUUGUCAAAGCAAGCACACCUGAGGUGGACUUGGCCACCCUGCGGCUAACAAGUGGAAAGAAGGUCCUGGAGAAUGGUGUUAAUGUUACUGUAUCACAGUCUACUGCUGUGGUGGGUGGGCACACACGCCGCUUUGCUGACGUGGAGUUGAGCCGCAGCAGGCUGACACUUCAUGUGCGCUAUGGGACUACACUGGAUGAGGAGCGGGCUCGUGUUCUUGAGCAGGCCCGACAGAAGGCGCUGUCACAUGCAUGGACACGUGAGCAGCAGCGGGUACAGGAUGGGGAGGAAGGUGCCCGUCUGUGGACAGAAGGGGAAAAGAGGCAACUGCUCAGUACAGGAAGAGUACAGGGAUAUGAUGGAUACUAUGUGUUGUCAGUGGAACAGUACCCUGAACUAGCUGACAGCGCUAAUAAUAUACAAUUCCUCCGGCAAAAUGAAAUUGGGAAGAGGUAG